AUGACCUCCGACACCAUCUGGUCCAGCACUUCCGACCCUUCCAGCCCCAACAUGUCGAAUUACCGCACGGUGCUCGACCAGGUUGAUCCUGAGGUGGCGAAAAUGCUCGGACAGCCCUCCACUCGCCGCCGUUUUUCGUUCAACGAAGACGGCACUUUUGAGCCCAACUUAUUGGACAUAAAGUCCACUUUGGCCCAUGUUUCGUACACCGCCAGUACUGGUGGCCCUCACGACCAUUCGGUGCUCCAUUCUGUCAAGCUCCACCAGCCUUUUCCCCUCACUACCUCCUCAAUUGGUAGAGGAAUCGGUGGUAGACAUCCUCCCCAGGAUAGCUUCUUGAACAAGUUCUCCUCCGUCGCAGAUGCCACCAGAGACCUCGAGUUGAGCUCCACCAUGAAUCUGAUCUCGUUGGAUCUGUCAAAGGAGAUGCCUCGUAGAACAAGCUUCAACAGUGAGAAAACUUUCAACAUCUCGCCUCACGGCUCGAUGAACGAAAAUCUCAACAUUCGAGGCUCGAGACACCAGUCUAUCAGUGAGAAAAUCGACAACAUCAAUAACAGCUCGCCUGUCCAAGCCAACGCUCUGUUGUCUACUGACUUGAACUCCAACUCGGGUGCCAAUCAGGGCGAUAAGAAUGGCCAGCACCACAAUUUCUGGAACCCUGCAACGGCUACGUCUUUUACUCCGCAGUCAUUUAAUUACUUCCUUGAUUCUUCUGGUGGUCAGCCACCUAUGCCAGGUGCUAUGCCACCUAUGCCAUUUCCCAGGGGUGCACCAGUGUUCCCUCCAAUUAGUCCUCCUCCAUUUAUGAUGGGUGCGCCACCCCCCUUUAUGGAUGGUGCAAUGUAUCCUGUCAUGCCUUAUGGGUCUCCUCCACCUAUGAUUCCUGAAUUUUACGGUACUCCACCCCCAAUGGAAGAAGCUGUAGAGACGGAUGAAAGCAGUGACUCAAAAGCUGAGAAAACACCUAGAGAUGCGAAGGUAGCACUGCCUCCUAAAGGCAGUGGAUUUCCUGCUAUUGGAUUGAUGAAUCGCCAAAUGCCUCCCGGAUCAGCAGGGUUUGUUUUCCCGGCUUUCUCUCCAUUCAUGAUGUAUGGCCAUGUACCUCCACCAUCGGCUUCUCCAAAUGAUCAAAUGGGAAAGUUCCCAGAACAAGCCCAACACUCCUCUCAAGAAAAGCACAAGGACAGUAAGCCAAUCUCACCAAAAGUGUCGGCAACCAGCCCUCGCUCCAACAACGCUUCGCACAAUGCUGGUGCCCCUCUCAAGAAGGGCAAAGGUAAGGGUGGUGCUAACGCUGCAACUGGUAAACAAAGUAGACAUAUCCACCGUUCGCCAUUGCUCGAGGAAGUCAGAUCCAAUUCUAAAGAGAAAGAUUACUACCUUAAGGACAUUUGCGAUCAUGUUGUCGAAUUCACCAAAGAUCAACAUGGAUCUCGAUUCAUUCAGCAACGCCUUCCAUCUGCUUCUGAUGAGGAGAAAGAAAUGGCAUUCAACGAAAUUAGAGAGAUCGCAUAUGAAUUGAUGACCGAUGUGUUUGGAAAUUAUGUUAUUCAAAAGUUUUUCGAGCACGGCAACUCAACUCAGAAAAAAGUCCUCUUGGAAAGUAUGGAUGGCAAGAUCUAUGAACUCUCUUUACAAAUGUAUGGAUGUCGUGUAGUUCAAAGAGCUUUGGAAUUUGUGUCCCUUGAAGGACAGCUUCAAAUUGUCCUGGAGUUGAGGGAGCAUGUCUUGGUAUGUGCAAAAGACCAGAAUGGUAACCAUGUUAUUCAAAAGUCUAUUGAGCGGGUCCCAUUCGAAGAGGUUCGUUUCAUUCUCACGAGUUUGGAUGAGCACAUCUACCAUUUGUCAACGCACCCAUACGGCUGCCGUGUAAUCCAACGUUUGCUUGAGUUUUCCACUGAAGAAGAUCAAAAGAAUAUCUUGGAUCAAUUGAAGAGAUUCAUCUUCUAUUUGAUUCAGGAUCAGUAUGGAAACUAUGUGAUACAACACGUGUUGGAACAUGGCAAGCCCGAGGAUCGUGAGGAUAUCCUCGAAGUCGUUCUUGGUUCCAUUGUUAAUUUCUCCAAGCACAAAUUUGCAUCUAAUGUUAUUGAAAAGUUCAUCAAACACGGAACGUUGGAGCAAAGAAAGCGUAUCCUCAAAGAGGUCAUGCUUGGAAAUGAUGAUAUAGAGAAGGAGACUGUAGAUGACGACUCCUCACUUGCCCUCAUGAUGAAAGAUCAAUAUGCGAAUUACGUCAUUCAAAAGCUUGUUGAAGGUUUCGAUCCUAAACGUCCAGAGAAGAAGCUUCUCGUGGUUAAGUUGAGACAAUACCUUAAACAACUCUCUAUGAAGAAUAACUACGGUAAGCACUUGGCUCUGGUUGAAAAGAUGAUUGCCGUUGCUGAGUCUGCCUUAUUAGAGGCCGACCGUAUGUAA